AUGAGGCGGAAAGGAGCCAACUUCAUCACGGCAACCUGCCUUAUGUCGGUUGCAUCAGAAGAUGCGAAUGAGCCCAAUUCUAAGAACUGGGGUUUCAUCGGAUGCGGCAAUGUCCAAGUCGUAGCUAGCGACUCUGUAGGCUACCUGGCGCUGUCUCCUUUCUUGCUCGUUUACCAUUGCGUUAUUUACAAGAGAACAGAAAUUCCGGGUGUCCAAUAAUCGGAAAUGAGUUUCGAAUAUGAAACGGUCUUGCUGGUGAAGAAGGAGGUCUUUGUUUACAACCUCCCGCCGAGGCAAUCAAAUCGUGGAUACCGUGCAUCCGAAUGGAGUCUCGAGUCACCGGCUUGGACGGGCCGCAUGCGUUUAGUUGCCAAGGGCAAGAUCUUGUACAUUAAACUGGAAGAUGCCGUUUCUGGUCAGCUGUAUGCACAGUGUCCCGUCGAGGAGUUUCCGGGCAUUGCUGUUGAGCAAGUUCUAGACUCUAGCCGCUAUUUUGCCAUUCGUCUGAUGGCGGAUAAUGGGCGCACCAUGUACGUGGGGAUCGGUUUCGCUGAGCGCAGCGAUUCUUUUGACUUCAAUGUGGCCAUCCAGGAUCAUUUUACCAGCCCCUCCCGACUAUGCUGCUCCGACUCCUCCUCCUCCUCCUCGCCACCGGGAUUGAAGCCCACCUGGCGAGGCUCCUGA